AUGGCUGUGAACUUCUUAAAGUUCAGUGAGGAAAAGACCAAGGUGAUGGUCUUUGUAAGCUCCACUCAGACUCCCAAUGUAGAUGUUGGUUCCUUGGCCUAUCCAAACAAAAAUAAAAUAAGCGUAAGGUCCGUGUGUGGGUCUGACCUCCUCUCAGGAACCUCCGGUGAUACUGGCGGCUCGGCUAUCCACAGUGCUAAAGGACUUACUGGUCUGGAUAUUCUGGUGGUCUACCCUCGGGGGCGCAUCUCGGCAGUGCAGGAGAAACACAUGAUCACCUGUUUGGAGGACAAUGUCCACAUGUUCUCAGCCGACGGCAGCUCGGACGACAUCGAUCAGCCUAUCCGUCGGCUCUUUGCCGAUCAGAACCUGGUGUCGUCUCACGGCCUCAUGAGCCUCAAUUCCGUCAACUGGUCCAGAGUCAUGGUCCAGAUGGCCCACUUCCUGUAUGCCUACCUGGAGCUCAGCGGGGUGGGGGAAGCUGAGGGGGGGGCAGACCUGCCGGAGCUGGAGGUGGUGGUUCCCACCGGGGGGGCAGGAAACAUCACCGCUGCGUACAUCGUGAAGCUCAUGGGUUUGCCUCUGAACCUGGUUGCCAUGGUGAACGCUAACGACAUCGUCCACCGGACGGUGACCAGUGGAGACUUUUCCAUGGCCUCCAGUGUCACGCAGACUCUGGCUCCAGCUAUAGAUAUCCAGGACCCAUACAACUUGGAGCGGGUCUUCUGGCUGCUGCUGAACAAAGACGGAUCUUCAGUGAGGACCAUCAUGGAGGACUUUCAGGGUUCUCGUCAACACCAUCUGUCUGAGCAGCACCGCAGACUGCUGUCUGAGGUUCUGCUGACUGGCACCGUGAGUGAUCAGGAGAUUCUUGAGACAAUGAGGAGAUGCUGGGAGGAGAAUCGGUACAUUCUGUGUCCUCACAGCGCUGUGGCCGUGUGUUACCACUUCCGUCAUCCUCAUCGGGCCCAGAUACAGAGGUGUUAUAUCGCUACAGCAUCUCCAGCCAAGUUCCAGGCUGCGGUGGAGAAGGCGGGUCUGCCCUUUGACCCCCCGGAGGCAGUGCAGGCCUUGGACCGCAUGCCCACCAGGUACCAGAACCUAGAGAGGAGCCAGAACUGGUGCAAAGACUGGGAGAACAGACUGAGAGACUGGAUCCAGUUUGUGAGUUCCAACAGGAAGAACGGAGACGUUUGUUACAACCAGACACCUGGCCAGUGAUGAUAGUAUCAAUCAUCCAUCCAUCAUCUUUACCCGCUUCUUCCUUUUUGGAUC